UAACGGUUUCGGCAAAUGACUGAUGGAGUCACUUCAGGCGGAGCCUCAGCGAUGAUUCACGGCAAAGUUACCCGAGAGUAGGGAGGCUGUCGGCAGGCAGGCGUCUAUGUUCGUCGGGGAGAACAUGCUGUCUCUGUGCCUGAUCUGGGGUUUUGUCUUGCACGGCUCAGGGCAGCUGUCUCACGUCCAGCAGUACGAAGUGGUCCGGCCUCAGAGACGUCACGAGAGACGGGCCAGGAGCCUUCAGGACAACCAGCUUUAUCCUGGCGCGGUUCAGUAUGACCUGAUGAUCGAAGGCAGGAACCACUCUGUUCAUCUGGAAAAGAACAGGAAUCUUAUUGGUGAAAGCUACACUGAAACAUUUUACUCAGAAGAUGGAAAAAGGGUGACGACAUCACCAAAUGAGGAACACUGCUUCUACCACGGACAUGUUCAAGGUGAGGCCGACUCGUCGGUCAGCGUGGGAAUCUGUUCGGGCAUCAGCGGCUUUCUGAGAGUCCGGCGGCAGGUUUACUUGAUCGAGCCUCUGGGACAGACUGCGGACGAAGAGCACGCCGUCUACAGAUGGGAGCACCUGAAGGCGCCCGGGGCCGGCUUCUCUUCUAACGCCUCAGUGUUGUUUGAUCGGGACCAGAACCAGGAGCCGAACCCUCAGCCAGAAGGCCUCUUCAGAUCCAGAUCAUGGAGAACAAAAUCGCCACCAGGGCCUCAGAAGUUUGUGGAGCUGUACGUUGUGGUGGACAGCACCGAGGUCAAACAGUAUCGAGAUGAUACCCGGUCGCGUAUUCUCGGUGUUGUGAAUCACAUCGAUAAGCUGUACCGCUCCGUCAACAUCCGCAUCAUGCUGGUGGGCUUGGAGAUUUGGCCCUACAAAGAUCUCGUCGUCGUGGACGGAGACCCGGACAGAACUCUGGAGAACUUGAUGGUGUGGCGCCAGGCCGACCUCUUGAAGAGAGCGCAGCAUGAUAACGUCCAGCUUGUGACGGGCAAAGACUUUUCUGACGACACAGUCGGACUGGCUAAUAAGUUCGCCAUGUGCACUGUGAACUCUGGGGGAGUCAAUCAGGAUCACCAUAGUAACCCGCUUGGCCUCGCCUCCACCAUUGCUCACGAGAUGGGGCAUAGCUUCGGCAUGUCCCACGAUGCUGCGGGGUGUGUGUGUGGUCCAGCUUACAGCAACAACUGUGUAAUGACUGAAAAGCUCAAUGUUGGAGGCCACGGCUUCCCAGACUUUUUCAGCGACUGUAGCAUCCAGCAACUCGCUCAGUUCAUGGAGCGCGCUCAGCCCAGCUGCCUGGACCCACCAGGCCGCAUCAGCACCAUCGCAUUGGGCCCCCGCUGCGGUAAUGGCCUGCUGGACCGUGGAGAGGAGUGUGACUGUGGCACAGCAGAGGAAUGCAUCAAUCCCUGCUGCGACGCCUCAACGUGUCGCCUGACUGAGGGAUCUCAAUGCGCUCAUGGAGAAUGCUGCGAAAGCUGUCAGCUGAAGGUGUCUGGCAGCAUCUGCCGGACAGCUGCCGGUGCAUGUGACCUCCCUGAAUACUGCAGCGGUGACUCAGCGGAUUGUCCUGAAGACAGCUUCGAGAUGAACGGCAAGCCUUGUUACAGCCAGGCGCCGGGCUACUGCUACGACGGCCAGUGUCCCACAAGAGCGAAGCACUGCUGGAGGCUGUUUGGAGAAGGAGCUAAAGAGGGCCCGGAUUUUUGUUUUGACCUGAAUAAACGGGGCCAGGAAGGCGCCAACUGUGGGAGGGAUGGACAGAGCUUCAUUAAGUGUUCCCCUCAGGACCGGAAGUGCGGGUCCAUGUUUUGUGUUGGAGGGGAGGAGCCAAUCACAGGUAAACACGCAGUCUUCAACGUGUUGGGUGCGGCGUGUCGGGUUCUCGUCGAGGUGGACAGAGCCAGAAACUUUGACAUGGUGCCGAAUGGAACCACGUGUGGAGACAAUAAGGUUUGCCUCAGCAGCAAAUGUGUGGACGUCUCAGUUUUCGGCAGAAGAGAGGACUGUGCAAAGAAAUGCAACAGCAACGGGGUAUGUAACCACAAGCAUGAAUGCCACUGUAACCCUGGGUGGGCGCCGCCGCACUGUGACAUCAAAUAUGCAGACAUACCUAAAGGUCAGACUGUGAUGAUAGCUGGGGUGUGUGCAGGGAUCUCGACCCUGCUGGUCGUCGCUCUGGUGAUUGCAGGACUGAUGUGCUGCAAGAAGAGCAACAUAAGGAACAGACACAUGUAUAAGAGGAAGAAACAGUCACCUCCUGGUAAACCGAACCCCGUGUUCCAGGAAAAAGCCGUCAGAGACAGACCCGAGAUCAGCCAGCCCACUCUGAUGGAGUCCACCUCCUCUCGGGUCUGCAGCCCUCUGGUUGUUGCCAUGACUCCCUGCAGACCUUCUCCACAGCCUCCUCCCAAACGCUCUUCAGUUUCCUGCACCUCAGAGACCGACCCGAUGAAACCCGUACCUCCAUCCAAACCUUUAUCUCUGAAUAAACCGCAGAAUCAAGGAACCAAACCACGUCCUCCAGCCGUACCUCCGGUCAAACCCUCCCCUCCUCGGGUUGCCAGAUUCAAGCCUCCUCCUCCGCCGCAGGCGAAGCCUCACUUCAUCAGACCUGCGUGACGUUCUGGUCAGUCUGAUGGGUUGAAAACACACGCGGCCCACCGAUGAUGGAGAAGCUAAAGUUCAAAUAACUUUUAACAACUCAAGGCUAACAGUUGCACAGCUGCUGUACAACUGUGAUGUUUUUACUCUGUUUGCAAAGAACAAAAAAACUCUUUUCUACAUUUUUACAUUAAAUACCAACAUGCACUUUGAUUUUUUUAUUUUGAUUUUUUGUAUUUAUUUCACAUUAGUGUAGUUGUAAGAAAUGUAGUAAAUUUAUUUAUGUUCCCUUUAGGGUUCAUUUUUAUAAAAGUAUAUGGCCUUUUUUUAUUUUUACUUUUAUUCUGAAGGCCUCUUAUUCUUACUAUGUGUCUCUUUGGACGCUGCUGUCAGAUCAGAUGAAAACUUUAACUAUAACCUGCUUUUCUAAUGUCUCUAAAUAACAGAGACUCGGGGCAGGCGGGUCUCAUUGAAUAUUUUCAAAACCUCUAAAUAAAACCUCUACAUAAAGGUGUCCUGGUCAGAUGCCUGAUCAGCAGCAGUUCUGCUCCCACUCGCUCCCCGGUCCUCCUGACCUCGUCUCUACGGCCGAGUCCACCGCUCUACAGAUCGGACUGGUUUUUUAUCUGGACUCUGGCGUCUUCCAACCUUGACCCAUAUCUCUUAAGACGAGGGUCAGAACGCAGACUGGUUUAUCAAGCGCUGCUUUUUGAUUAAACUCUUAUUCACCUUGACGGCGCCAAUCCACCCGUUCAUCUCCUGCUCAUUUAAACGACUCCUCCGCUUGAGACAAAGUCUGACUCAGAAAGUCUAAUUCUGAAAGAUUCGACGCCACAAACGUAAAACCUCAAUAAUGGCUUCCAAUUAAAAACAAAAAUUCUUUUUUUUUUAUACCCUCUUUCUUUUGUUUUACUUUCAUAAAUUAAUGUCCAGUCUGUGAACUUCACUCAAAGCCAGUCUACAUGUUUUCUACGUUUUGUACUUGAAAGCUGAUGAAUGGUACCUGUGUAUGGGAGGCUUUACACGGCUCAGAUGAGCCUUGUGUCUUUAAUGUUUUGCUUCUCUGCGACUUUUGACUUAUAUUUAAAGCACUGCUGUCUCCACGGCAACAGCCAGAGGACACGUGAAGUCAUAACUUUGCUACCAAAACACCAAAUAUGUUUAGUUUUUUCUUUGUAGUCUGUAAAAUAAAUGACAGAUUGAAUGUGAAAACCUUUUUUUGUUGUUGUUGGCAACAAAUAAAGUGCACUUAAGUUCA